AUGGUCUUGAAGCAUUUGCACACUAAGCUGCUCAUAAUUAUUAUUGGGCAUGCUCCGCAACAUCUCACACUGUCCAUUCACUCUCUUGUUUUUGCUGGUGGUGGAUGUAAUGGUGGUGGUGGAGGCAAUGUUGGUGAUGGUGGAGGUAAUGGUGGUGGAGGAGGUAUUGCUGGUGGUGGUGGAGGUAUUGCUGGUGGAGGAGGAGGUAUUGUUGGUGGUGGAGGUAUUGCUGGUGGUGGAGGAGGAGGUAUUGUUGGUGGGGGAGGAGAUAUUGCUGGUGGAGGGGGUGGUAUUAUUGUAGGAUGA